CUUGCCUCCAAGCCGAGCCGGCUUGGCCUUGAUCUGCUCGCCAAUGUUCCUCAAUAAGACCCUGAGGCUGCCGACAAGACUCUCGGCCGUCGUCUUCAUUCCUCUGCCCUUGCCUUGCCGACCUGCCGCAUCUCAGUCGUUACUGACCGGAGCCCUGCUGUCCACUUCGUCUCUGCGGGCCUCCGCGACCUUCAGUUCCAGAUCAAUCCCAGCAUCAGCCCCGGCGACACCGCCGUCAUCAAGCACCAAAGCGUCAUCAGCACCAUCUUCAUCGUCCGAAUCAGCACAUCCAAUGGCGCCGUUCUGCUCUCUCCAUUUCCUCGAGAAACACCUCACCGUCAAUCUCGACCGGGCGCUCGCUGGCCUCGUUCGCAAGUUCUUCGUCGAGCCCGAUGUCUUUCAACGCCUCGGAUCGCUUGAAUACUACAUUGGCAUUGCUCCGUCGUUCGAUUCUCAGUCGCCAAAGGGACUCUCCCUCCUCGUCUCGGCACAGGCCUGGCCGACAAUCCUUGCAGAGCUGGAGCGCUAUAUCCAAAACGAAAAGAAGAUGCCGCUGCUGCUUCAUGCACCGGCUCCCCUCGAGUACCUUGCGUACACACACGUCGAGCCGAUUGCCAUCCAGGACGCCAGCGAUUACAAGGCCUUUCUGAAGAAACAGAGGGACCACAAGCGGCAAAUCAAGUCUGCCGAGAGUGCUCGGCACUCCAAGCGCUCGCUGGAUCUCGCGGCCGCGAGGGCUGUGUCAGACAGCGGAACACUGUUUCUCGCCCUGGAUAUUGAGAACUAUGAGCGGGACCAGAACAUCGUGCUGGAGAUCGGAUGGACCAUCUGGGACCCGUCCAUCUACGCACCGUGGAGCUCGGUCGAAGCGGACUCACGAUCCGGCUUCGUGCCUCAAUCGUCGACCCCGUCAUCGGCAUCGGCAUCGACAUCGACAUCGACAUUGGCCUCAGGUGCAGGAUCGCCACCGGCCGAUCUGCAGUGGUCAAAGGUGCUUCCCAAGGGCGUCAUCGCCAAGCAUUUCUUGAUCAAGGAAAACAGACAUCUUUCCAACGGCACGUUUGUCCCGGACAACCGCUAUCGCUAUUCCUUUGGAACAACCCAAUUCCAGUCUCUGAGGAAAGUAUGCGAGGAACUGCGUCGGGAUCUUGCACUGCCUGGCCAGAUCGUUGUCGGGCACGCUCUGCACGGCGACGCCAAGAUGCUCGAGUCGAUCGGCAUCACCGUCGCAUCCAUGGAAUCAUACGAUACCCAGCGAGUCUACCAGGGUCUGACGGGCAAGCCCGAGGUGCUUUCGCUGACUCGCAUGGCCCAGGCCCUUGGCAUUCCCGCGCGGCACCUCCACAACGCAGGAAACGAUGCGUGCUACACGAUGCAGAUCUUCAUCACCAUCUUGACGCAGCGGCUCGGGGAAGCAGCGCGGACAUCAUAGCGGGGUCUACAUGGCCAAGGCCUUGUAGAUCCCGGAGGCAAUAGACAGCACACCCGGGGCAUGCUCGGUCGCAGUGCAUCCCGGCUAGAUCUCUGUUCCAACGGUCUUGCCGAUAUUGAUUGCGACUGCAAAGUGCUAAAUAAAGAAUAGCAGCCCAGUCUCGGACGCACCUGGUGCGUUUGGGUAUAUGUCUCAUUUC